AUAUUACAAUUAUAAUACAUAUUUAUUACAUUAGAAGAGAAGAAUUAUCAGAAAAAGAGAAAGCCUUGUAUUAUAUGAUAUCAUACAGUUAUUUGUGGUGUACCUCAUGGACAUGGUUGAGAGAUACAACCCCUUCCCUGUUAAUUGACUUAAUAUUGCACUUUUACACAGGAGUUUUCAGUUGCUGGCUGCCUUUCAGACAUGAUACUUCAAUUGAUAGAGUUCCUACCUCUUCUUGUCGCAUCGGUCUAUUUGUAUUUUUACGAAGACGUCGACCCCAAACGAAAACCAGUAGAUAUUGAUGAAAACAGGCUUUCUGGAAUUUACGAUUUUAUUAUUGUCGGCGCAGGAUCUGCAGGAUGCGUACUUGCCAAUAGAUUAAGUGAGAUCAGUUAUUGGAACAUUCUGUUAAUCGAAGCAGGAGGAGAUGAAAAUGCGCUUACUGACUCACCUUUUCUUAACAUUUACACCCACACAAAAGAGUUUGAUUGGGGCUACAACACAACAAUACAGCCAAGAGCUUGCAGAGCUAGGCAAGGCCAAUGUAACUACCCAAGAGGAAGAGUCCUAGGAGGAUCUAGUACAGUCAACGGACUGAUGUAUGUUCGUGGUAAUCCAUACGACUUCGAUAAUUGGGAAGCGAUGGGCAAUCAUGGCUGGUCGUUUAAGGAUGUUCUCCCUUAUUUUAUCAAACAGGAGAAUGUGUCAACGACCGAUCUCCCGAGGGAUGUUCACGGCUUUAAUGGCCCUCAAAGUGUACAAUUUCAAAGACAUGUAUCUAAAAUAGCAGACUAUUACUACAAGGCUGGAGAAGAAUUCGGUUUCAAAUUCAUUGACUACAAUGGACUCCACCAGAUAGGAAUUGGCCCUGCUCAGGUGUCAAUGGUGGGUUCCACAAGAGCUAGUACUGCAAAGGGCUAUCUUAAUCCAAUUAGAAAGAGAAAAAAUCUCCAUAUAGUAAAACAUGCAGAAGUAAUGAAGUUGGUUUUUGAAGAAAAUACUCUACAGGAGGAAAAAAAGAGAGUUCUAGGUGUAAUUUUUAGCCACAAGGGAGUCAAGAAAUAUGUGGAAGCUUCAAAGGAAGUUAUUAUUUCUGCUGGAGCUAUUAACACACCAAAAUUAUUAAUGCUCUCAGGAAUCGGACCUAAAAAUCAUCUUCGUGGCCUUGGCAUACCUGUAAUUGCGGAUUUACCAGUAGGAAACAAUUUACAAGAUCAUUUGUGUGUACCUGUGUACAUGCAAGUGAACAAACAUAUCGGAAUAAGAGAUGAAGAAGUGUUUUCAAGAAAAGCAAUUAUGAGAUACACAAAGAAUAAGAGUGGGCCACUGACAACAAAUGGAUACGAAGCGAUAGUGUUUGUUAAUGUAUUCGAUCCUAAAUCUCUUCUGCAGAACGUUGAAUGGUAUCUCACAUCUUUCAGGAUGUUCGUUGCUGAAAAUCCAGCAAACAUCAAGGAAAAUGUUGUCGCCCCUAUUGUAAUAAAUGUUAAUCCUUCCAGUAUAGGAACAGUCAGACUAAAUCCCCUUAAGCCACAAGGACCUCCUUUAAUUGAUACAAACUAUCUUGGGGCAGAUGAGGAUAUGUUGAUUCUUAGAGAAGGAAUAAGAUUACUUUUCGACUUCUUCAGCACACCUACUUUGGCUUCUCUUAAACCACAGAUUUACUUUAAAGAAUUUGGCAACUGUGUCCAGUUCAAAAAUAUGAUUGAUCAGUUAAUAGACUGUAUUAUUACUCAAUACUCGGCAACUCUGUACCAUCCGGUUGGUACAGCUAAAAUGGGUCCAAAAUCAGAUCUGACUUCAGUAGUCAGCCCUGAACUGAUAGUCCAUGGAUUUGAAAAUCUGCGAGUCAUUGACGCUUCAAUAAUGCCAAAGAUAACUCGAGGAAAUACAAAUGCUCCGACAAUAAUGAUUGCUGAAAAAGGAGCUGAUAUUAUUAAAUUCAGUUACCAUACAAAAUCCACAUAUUGACCCAGCUGCACCGACAAAAACACCAGUUGAUGAAGAACCUCUAUCAUUAUCAAGAAGUACAAGAUCAGGAUGCCAAGUUCGCUUUCCCGGACGCUAUAUCCAGUUCAUUAGCUGACCUAGCCGAUGAUGGGAGUGGUGUGGGGUAGCAUUGUUUCAAGAUUACGUGGCUAGAGUACUUGUGAAGUUAAGUGCAAGAAGAAAGAACGUUUGCCUUGGGUAUUACUUAUAUAAAUAAAUAGUGAUACAAAUUA